AUGAAGGUCAUCACCGCCAACUUUGUGACAUGUGCAGUGAAGGAGUGCAAAACAUCCCCGGCGUCAUUUCCUUUACACUUCCACGACGCUGAACUUGAGAUGCAGGAGCUUGAUUUCCAGCCAGAGUUCAUUCAAAAUGUCAUCCCACGUAUUGAUUGGGAGGGGCUCCGAGUGACUGCGAAUGAGCUUGGAUUCCCCAGUCUACCAGAAUCUAAACCGGAAGGCGAAGCACUCAAUGAUGAACAAACCCUGAAAGACCUGCACCGAAUUUUGUUAGAAACCCAAGUCAUCGAGGGCAAGCUGAUCUGUGGGAACUGUGGACAUGAAUAUGUGAUCAAGGAGGGAAUUGCCAAUUUCCUUCUCCCAAGCCACCUAGUCUGA